GGGACGGUCGAUCUAUCCGCGCUGCGAGCAGUCCCGGAGAAGGCCGGGAAGAUGGCCGCCUCCUGGAGGCUGCGCUGUGACCUACCGCUGCUACGUUACCUCCUGGGCUUCGGCAGCCGUCGAAGCCUGGGCCUGGCUCAGGGUGCUGCUGCGUGGCCUGUCGGCCGUGGAGCGAGCUGGAGGUGGUUUCAUGGCACUCAGCUGCUGCAGGCGGAUCCUAUUAAGAUCCUAAUGCCAUCGCUGUCUCCUACAAUGGAACAAGGGAACAUUGUGAAAUGGCUGAAAAAGGAAGGUGAAGCUGUGAGUGCCGGAGACUCCUUAUGUGAAAUUGAGACGGACAAGGCUGUGGUCACAUUAGAUGCAAGUGACGAUGGCAUCCUAGCCAAAAUAGUGGUUGAAGAAGGAGCUAAAAAUAUAAAGCUGGGUUCACUCAUUGGCUUGAUGGUUGAAGAAGGAGAAGAUUGGAAACUUGUGGAAAUUCCCAAAGACAUCGGUGCUCCACCUCCAGUUUCCAAGCCAGCAGUGCCUCCUCAGCCCUCUCCACAACCACAGAUUUCGAGCCCUGCUAGGAAGGAGCACACAGUAGGGACAGCACGAUUCCGCUUAAGUCCAGCUGCCCGCAACAUUCUGGAAAAAUAUUCAUUGGAUGCCAGCCAGGGCACAGCCACAGGCCCUCGAGGGAUCUUCACUAAAGAAGAUGCACUCAAAUUAGUUGAGCUGAAACAGAUGGGCAAGAUUACUGAGUCCAGACCAGCCGCAGCUCCUCCGUCCACUGUCUCAGCAUCUGUGCCUCCUCAAGCCACAGCUGGGCCAUCUUACCCUCGGCCAAUGUUCCCACCAGUAUCCAUCCCUGGGCAACCUAAUGCAGCGGGCACAUUCACUGAAAUUCCUGCCAGCAAUAUUCGAAGAGUUAUUGCCAAGAGGUUAACUGAAUCAAAAAGUACUGUGCCUCAUGCCUAUGCUACUGCUGACUGUGACCUUGGAGCAGUUUUAAAAGUUAGACGAGAUCUGGUCAAAGAUGACAUUAAAGUCUCAGUGAAUGACUUUAUCAUCAGAGCAGCAGCUGUUACUCUUAAACAAAUGCCUGGGGUUAAUGUCAGCUGGGAUGGAGAAGGCCCAAAGCAGCUGCCCUCUGUUGACAUUUCAGUGGCUGUGGCAACAGAUAAAGGUUUAAUUACACCAAUCAUAAAGGAUGCCGCUGCUAAGGGUGUACAGGAGAUCGCUGACUCUGUAAAGGUUCUGUCGAAGAAGGCAAGAGAUGGAAAAUUGUUGCCUGAGGAGUACCAAGGAGGCUCUUUUAGUAUUUCCAACUUGGGGAUGUUCGGCAUCGAUGAGUUCGCCGCUGUCAUCAACCCUCCCCAGGCCUGUAUUUUGGCAGUUGGGAGAUUCCGACCAGUACUGAAGCUCGCAGAGGAUGAAGAGGGGAACCCCCAGCUGCGGCAGCACCAGCUUAUAACUGUCACAAUGUCAAGUGACAGCCGAGUGGUUGAUGACGAACUGGCUACCAGGUUUCUUGAAAGUUUCAAAGCAAACCUAGAGAAUCCCAUGCGACUUGCGUAGCCUUCAAAGACCAUUUACUGAGUAGUUGUUAACGAGAUAUGCAAUUGAGUGUGAGUAUGAAGUAGAUGAAAUGCUUACUGCUUAUUUAUAUAAGGCAAAAGCCUGGGCCUGAGCUGUGUUCCUUUUCCCUGUACAUUUAUUAUAGAAAUGUGUGAUGAUAAGUUGUGACUAAUAAAGAACAUUUGCUUAGUCAGAUCCAUUUUUAACCUCUGGUGCUGUACAGGAGGGUAUUAAACUGAUGUAAAUCACAUCCAUGUUUGGUUCAUUGAAAUUUGGGGAUAAUUGUAAAUGUAUGAUAUUGUAUAAUUUAAAAAAUAGAUAGAACUCUACCUUAAUCAUGUUGAAGUUAUAAAUGACCUUCAAAGAGAUGUCCGGCCAUAUUGGGACCUCUUUUUUUUAUAAGCAGUGCUCUUGAUAUACUGGAACAAUUUAAUAUGUACAGUUAGUUUAUUCUGGAUUAGUAAAUAAGGAUUACAUUUUAUUAGGGGUUGUGACAACAUUAUUAAACUUUUGUGUAUAUAAGGCCAAGUGUCUUAGCUAUAUAUUUCCAGUCUUCUUUUUCACUUCUGUGACACUGUGAACUUUUAAAGAAUAAAAUAAAAAUGAAGAAAGAAGAAGAAGAACAAGAGAGUUGUUUGUGCAGAGACCAUACCUCAUAAAAGUUAGGGGAGCGACUGGGUUUGCAUCUGUCACCUCGAGCAUUUGAGAGACUGAAGAAGGAGGGUAGCUCUGAGUCCGAGCUGGCUGGGCUACAGUGGGACUCCAUCUCACAGACAGUACUGGGAGGAUUUUUCCUUGAAAAGCUGCAGUUGAUCUAAACUUCAGCAGUAAGCUCUUCCUGCUGACUUGGAAUAAAUGGAAAUAAAUUGUGUUCUCUCUUACUGCA